AUGAUUGAUCGAUGUCGCUUGCUCAUUGGUCGACAUUGCCAUCAGUCGAGGAGGCUACAUGUGAGUUUAAGAAAGGCCGAUGAAGACAAGAUCAGGGACUCUGGUCUUCGACAAGAUUUGAGAAAAGUACUUUCACUGUCCAAAGAUAUUCAUGAAAACCAGAAACAUGGGUCACUUAAAGAACUAGAGGAUGAAACCCUUGCGAGCUCGCCACGCACCGAUGGUGCUAUCGAUCAUCUGGUGAGGUCGGGCGAUGUUGAAUUUUUAAGGAAUUUUGGUGUAACGGCAGUUAAUGGUCGAGACCCUGUGAAAAGACCUACCAGCGGACCGAAGCAGAAACCAUGGAAAGUGAGUUUCAGAAUGAGUCCUAAAGAUUUGACGGUUGAAUCGAUUCGAUUGGAAAAUAGCUGUGUAAAACCACCAAAACUUUCGCAUGAGCUCGAACGGGUCUUAUUUCAGCCCAUGAAUUUCCAUCGGUUGCAAGAUCCACGUUCUGGCGUUUACAACUUCAGUCCCUGGCUUGAAAAUAUUAUAAAAGUGAACGAUUUCGAUUUUAGUGCCAUUUCAGGGUUCGUGACCCCGUCCAAGGAUGCGACAAUGAUGGACUUAGCGGAAACGCACCAGAAAAAGUUUUAUUCGUCGACCAGUUCAAUGACUGGCAUCUUAUCUCAUCUGCAUUUUUUAUUUUCGAAUUUCCGACAGAUUAACCUUUCCCAAGUAUCGAAGAAUUUCCCCAAAUUGUCUGCUGAUUUCACAAGAGGCGCACAGUUACCUGCUGUUGUGAUCAUGAAGCGCAUGAAGUCCGGAAGGCCCAUCUUUUCAAUUGAUUCCGAUAAAUCUACAGAUCGAGAAAUCAUUCUAUCGGAGCUGGGACAUGCUUUAGAAGCGGUGCUGACGACAGACGAGGCUUCGUUCGAACAACUGUACGAUAAGAGAUCCGAAAAGCAUAGUCCUUCCGAGAAUUUAGGGCAAGAUUCCUAUCAUUAUUCAAAAGCUGGCGAUUUCAUUUUGAGGUCCCAGCUUGAUGCAUAUCAUCCUGAUCUGCCAGGUUCUGGCGUAUUUGAUCUCAAGACACGUGCCGUAGCAGCUGUUAGGCAUGAUCUUGCAUUUGUUGAACACAACAAUAACUACACAGGUUACAAACUUGAGCAUAUGUUUGGCAAAUACGAAUCUUUCGAAAGAGAAUUUUUCGAACUUCUUAGAAGCACUUUACUCAAGUACUCUUUGCAAGCUCGCAUUGGUCAAAUGGAUGGCAUUUUCUUGGCUUAUCACAAUAUAUCAAAGAUUUUUGGGUUCCAAUAUCUACCGCUCGAGGAAAUAGAUUUCAUUUUGCAUAGCUAUGGAGACUCAAGUUUCUUGAAAGCGCUCAAAAAUAGAGAGGCUCUGUUUAAAGCUAUUUAUGGGGACGAAUCCUUUGUUUUACGCCAUGAUCACUCCAACCACGAGCGUAAAAUAGCUUCUAACGUUGCUGACGCUGAAUUCAAGAUGUCCAUGUCUCUGUUGAGCACCGUUUUCAAAAUGAUUCAACAGCAGAUGCCCCCCAAAUUCGACGUUUGCAGAAUAAUCUUUAAGACAGAGCGGGUUUCAGGAAGGCGCCUACGCAAAGAUGCUCCCAAAAAAUCUGUGCUCAAGGUUAUUGUCGCGCCUUUAAGUUCAACCGAAGUAACGCAGUUUCAAAAAGGGAGGUUUUCGAAAGGGGAGACUGAUAUGGUCAAAUUUUUGGAACACUCAAGAAAAAAUAAUGAGAAAACGUCCCAUCACCUUUUCGGCUUUGAAAUUGAUGUAAAUCAUUCUCUCAAGCAUCAUCCAUCGACUGUAAUUUACCCAAAAUUUGCGGGACAAAAGUCAAAAGUACUUGGUGAAGCGGAAAAAACAUUUGUACGUCAAGCAAUAUCCUCUAAUUAUUAUGCUUCUGCUUCUGAAUGGCGACAUCCGCAUUUCUAUCAUUCGAGUGAUGUGUCAGACUGGGCAAUUGAUGUUGAAGUUCGAUCCAUUACUGAGCGAUCAAAACUGAAGCACUUGUAUAUGGGAUAUCUUGACGAUAAAUUGGAUAUAUUAGCAGAGCAUACAGCGGUAAAUCAGGAUUCUGCCAAGGCCCAGGCAGAGAUUUUAACAAGGAUAAAGAGGUGCAUGGAAGGGAUAGAUGAAAGGAAUACGCAACCAUCAAACAAAGCUUCGACCAUCACGCAGCUGCAAGCCACGCUUAGAGCUUACGCCAAGAAAGGAGAGCUAAAUCGUAAACUUUGA